CAUUAUCCCUUUUUGGAUUUGGACCCUAACCCAACAACUACUUCCCCUUUUUCUCCCUUUCUUUCUUCGUCUUCUUCUUAAUCCUCUUUCUUCUCACACAACCAAACCCUACCGAACACCAACACCAAUACCUUCCCUCCGAUCUUUAUCCGAUCCUUCAUCCUAUUGUACAGGUUUUAUGUAGCUUGAGUUUAGUCACUAAACAUUUUAUGGACGAUGAUAGUAGAGAUGGAUAAAAUGUCUGCUCCUUCAACACGGGAGCGUGCACAACGUCUAUAUGAGAAGAACCUUGAAUUGGAGAAUAAGCGUCGGAGAUCAGCUCAGGCGCAGGUCCCAUCAGAUCCAAAUACUUGGCCGCAGAUGCGUGAGAAUUAUGAAGCAAUAAUUCUUGAGGAUCAUGCUUUUUCUGAGCAGCACAAUAUUGAGUAUGCUCUGUGGCAAUUGCAUUAUAAGCGGAUUGAGGAAUUGAGGACAUACUUUAGUGCUGCUCUUACUUCUGUAAGCUCAAAAUCGUCUCAGGGAGGCAAAGGUCCUGUUCGACCUGAUCGGCUAAAUAAAAUAAGGCUGCAGUUUAAGACUUUCCUUUCAGAAGCAACUGGAUUUUACCAUGAUCUUAUUAUGAAAAUCAGAGCAAAGUAUGGGCUUCCUCUUGGUUACUUUGAGGAUUCAGAGAAUUGGAUUGUGAUGGAGAAAGAUGGAAAGAAAUCUGCUGAGAUGAAGAAUGGUCUAAUAUCUUGUCAUCGUUGUUUGAUAUACCUGGGUGAUCUUGCUCGCUACAAAGGAUUGUAUGGCGAAGGUGACUCGAUAAAGCGUGAGUUUGCAGCAGCUUCUAGUUACUAUUUACAAGCUGCAUCUAUUUGGCCUUCAAGUGGGAAUCCCCAUCAUCAGCUUGCUUUAUUGGCUUCAUAUUCUGGGGAUGAGCUGGCAACUAUUUAUCGAUAUUUUCGGAGUUUGGCUGUGGAUAGUCCAUUUACAACUGCCAGAGAUAAUUUGAUUGUUGCAUUUGAGAAGAAUCGUCAAAGUUACUCUCAGCUUUCUGGGGAUGUUAAAGCUCUUGCAGUGAAGGAACUUUCUGGGCAAUUAUCUGGCAAAGGAAGAGGAAAAGUGGAAGCAAAACUUGUUUCAAGGGUUAAUGGUGUGGAAGCCUGUCCUAGAAAGGAAGGAGCAUCCAAUAUACAAGAGACUUACAAAUCCUUCUGCACCCGCUUUAUCCGUUUAAAUGGAAUCUUAUUCACUCGUACAAGCCUUGAGACCUUCACUGAAGUUCUCUCUUGUGUUAGCACUGGUCUGCAUGAGCUUCUGUCUUCAGGGAAAGAUGAAGAGCUGAAUUUUGGCAUGGAUACGCUUGAGAAUGGACUUGCCAUUAUCAGAAUUGUUUCCAUUAUCGUAUUUGCAGUUUAUAAUGUGAAUAAGGAAUCUGAAGGUCAAACUUACGCGGAAAUUGUACAGCGUGCUGUUCUACUUCAGAAUGCAUUCACUGCUGCUUUUGAAAUGAUGAGUUCCAUAGUAGAGAGAUGUGCGCAGCUGCAGGAUCCUUCUUAUAGUUAUCUUUUACCAGGCAUUUUGGUUUUUUUUGAGUGGUUGGCAUGUUAUCCAGAGCUUGCUGCAGGCAAUGAUGUGGAUGAGAAUCAGGCAACUGUUAGAUCAAAAUUUUGGAAUCAUUGUAUAUCCUUGUUGAACAAGCUACUUUCAGUUGGGCCUAUGUCUAUUGAAGACAAUGAAGAGGACACUUGCUUUAAUAACAUGAGCAGGUAUGAGGAAGGGGAAACUGAAAACCGGCUUGCUUUGGGGGAGGAUUGUGAGUUAAGAGGAUUUGUUCCACUUCUCCCUGCACAAACCAUCUUGGACUUUUCAAGAAAGCAUUCCCUUGGAAGUGAUGGUGAAAAGGAAAGAAAAGCUCGUGUCAAAAGGAUUUUAGCUGCAGGAAAGGCUUUAGCAAAUGUUGUCAGGAUUGAUCAGAAAAUGAUAUAUUUUGACUCUAAGGGAAAGAAAUUUAUAAUUGGUGUUGCGCCUCAAAUUUCAGAUGAUUUUGUUCUUGCCUCCUAUACAGGCAUACCUGAUGCAAAAGAUUUAUUGAAAGAAAAUACGGCAGACAAGACAAAGGUGGGAAUUGUUCAGCCAGACCACCCCCAGUAUAUGGAAGGAGAGGAUGACGAUGAGGUUAUUGUUUUUAAACCUAUGGUAGCUGAGAAACGAGCUGAUGUGGUGGCUGUCUCGUCAUGGGCACCCCAUAAAGGCUUAGAGUCAGUUCCAACAGCUUCUAGAGGGGAUAUAACAUUUAAUGUCAAUUCUACUUCUAACCCUCUCAAUUUGAACCAUCGAACUUCUUUACCUGCUUCUGUUAGUGGUAUGGUGCCUCAACACCUGCAACCACUUCUGCCACAUUCUUCGAGGUGGUUAGAGGAGGAAAUAUCUCUUGCUAACAGUUUAAAAGGUCUUAGGUUCUCGGAGAAUGGGCACAUGAUGAAACCUGACCUGCCACUGCAAGGAGCUGUAGCUAUCCCGAACCACGCUGCACUUGCAAUUCCUGUCCAGCAAUCUGUAAGUGAUGGUACUAGUGUGUUUUAUGGUCUCUCGAAUGCUGAAGACUUUAUGAUAUCAUCCAAAUUCGAUGCCACUGCAUCUUCUGGAGUUAUCAUUGAUAACUCUGUAGUGAAGACAUCAUCAGCCAUGCCAGCUGGUUUGAAGAAAUCUCCAGUCAGCCGACCUUCUAGGCACCUUGGACCUCCUCCUGGUUUCUGUCAUGUUCCUCCUAAACAAGGUUUUGAACCCACUGUUUCAGAUUCAAUUAGUGGGAAUCCAAUUAUGGAUGAUUACAGUUGGUUGGAUGGAUAUCAGUUGCCUUCAUCAACCAAAGGUCUAGACCCCAAUGAUCCUCUUACUUACUCUCAUUCAAAUCCUCAGCAAGUCAGUAACAAUGGGUUGAGUGGGACAAUCAGCUUUCCCUUUCCUGGAAAACAGGUUCCAUCUCCAUUGCAGGUGGAGAAACAGAAUGGUUGGCAAGAUUAUCAGACUUUUGAGAUUUUAAAAGCACACCAUAAUCAGCAGCUGCAGCCACAGCCACAGCAACCACUCACAACUGGAAAUCAGCAUUUUACUCCACUGCCUGAGCAAUUUCAAGGACAGUCAAUCUGGACCGGUCGUUACUUUGUGUGAUGUCAGUAUGUAUGAAUAUUGAUGGUCCUUGAAGGAUUAUUACGAAUUUGCUGCGUCCCUUUGCUACCCAUUCAAACCGCAACUUUGCUGCCAUGUCAUUGGAUGUUGUUGGUUGGAUUAGACUUGUUGCAGGAACUUGUUACUACAAAAGAUUUUGCUGAGCCCUCGAGCCUGGAUGAAGGAAGAUAAGCAAGCAUCUUUACAGUUCAAAGUUCUUAAGUAAAUGCCUUGUCUGUUUUGGGGUGGAUAGUUGGUGGUAAAUAAAAGAUUAUCCAGUCAUCUUGGAGCUUGUAUCUUCUGGGAUUGAUGGUAUGAUUAUGGUUUGUUCACUUCCCUAGUGGAAAUGUCAUAAUGGUGCACAUGUAACAAUUGUUACCAUCAUCUAGCUGCCGAUUAUACUUAGUGCUAACCCCGUUUUUGUCUACCUCAAAGCUUCAGACUAGUUGGGAAUGUUGGUAGGUAUGGAGUGGUUGUCUGAAGUUGGAUAAUGAGAUAUGAUAAUGACGUUGUUGGGCAUACUUGAGUAAGUACACGUGUUUAGUAGUUGGUCUACGAUUCACUUUCUCUUGUUUUUUUAAGUCGGGGUUUACUCGAACUUAGAAUAAAUAAUUCCUUUUGGAUGCUUGAUUGUGGAUAUGUCUUGGUCUAAACGACUAUGAUAUGUCUAUCUAGAGCAGGAUUUAAUUGUCUCUAUCUUUAUUUUCUGCUGCUUUGUUUAAUUGUUUAUGUUGUUCAGAAAUAGCAUGGAUCAGUU